AUGCUCAGUUUGGUAUGUAUUGCUAUAGCGUUUUUUCUAUUUCUUGGGAGGGUGCAUGUGAUCAGCACAGGGCCAAUCAGCAUUGUCCAGGCAGAGGGUCAGGGGUUAUGCAAUCUCUUAGGGCAAAUGAAAACUCCUCCUACAAGCUUUAACCAGUGCUCUGCUGGACACUGAUAGAAGUCAAAAGACUGCUGCUGUAGAUACUUCUGAUGAGAAAAGGUAUUUAGCAGUUUAUUUUUACUAAAAUAAUUGCAGUUCCAUGUUCUGUGUACUAUGGGAGACCAGAUAUAAUGUAUGCAGGGCCCUGGG